CAUUUGAGCUCGCCGGCCCAUAGUGAAAAGCUGUAUCACUGCCCGAAUAGUGACUGCACUGGUCAGUUCGUCCGUUUAGCAUCGCUAUUCAAUCAUCUCGAAAGUGAGAGCUGCAACUUUGUGCGAUUCGAAAGGGUCCAGAAGCAUGUCCACGAUUUUAUCACGGGACGCCAGAAGCUCAUCGGCUUUGGGUAA